GGCUCCUUCCUCGCCCUGCGCUUGGCUCUGGUGCCAAAGGAGGGGAGGCUCCCCCCGAGCCGAGGGCUGAGCUUGGCUUUCUUCCCCCGCCAGCUCCCCAGGACCUCAGCGGAGAGGACAUUCCCAGCACUGCUGCCACCGAGGACCUAGAGCCCCCCGAGGAGCAGCAUGGGCCAGUGCAACUGCCGCAAGAAGCGCAAGGACUGCCAGGAGCUCACUGACGUGGAGCGAGCCAUCGAGACUGUCAUCAACCAGUUCCACUGCUACGCGGUGAAGGGGCAGAAGGAGUAUCUGACACCCAACGAGAUGCAGGAGCUGGUGGUGCAGAAGCUGCCCCACCUAGGGAAGUGCGUUGGAUCCCUGGAGGAGAAAAUCGAGUGCAUGGGAGACCCCGACGAGGCCAAGCUGGAGUUCGGGGAGUACUGGGACAUGAUGGGGGACGCGGCCAAGGGUUGCCGGAGGAAGUAGAAGGUGGCGGGGGAUGGGAAGGCGCCCGAGGCCUCAGGCUCUGCACCGAGAAGCGAGAGGCUGCUGGUCCCGGUGGGAUGCGCCUGGGAAACGUAGCGGAGUUCCCGCCGGGGCUCCAGUCCCUCCCCGCGGCCCCAGCCGGCGCGAAGGGACCCCCUGCCCGGCUCCACCCCUGCCCUCUCUCUGCACUUCCUCCCGUCAGGGACCACCCUUCCCAUCCCCAGCUCUGGCCCGUGCCCGGUGGGAAGGAGGUGGCAAGGGGGUUCCUGACCCCGGCUCCGGAGCAGCCUUUCUCCGUCCUUUGCUCCAGAGCCCUUCCCCUGGGACUGUCUCACCUCCAGCCCCCAAAGCCCUCUGGUUGCAAGUCUCCCAGCCCCGGAGCAUCACAGCCGGUGGGACUUGGCUCCUUUCCCCCAGACCCCUUGGACACGUGGGCUCAGCCCCCUGGCCCCACGCCCUGCCACUGCACAGGAGCUCCUCUGCCACAGCUCUGCCUUCGAGCACCUUUGGGGGCACCCCGGGCUCUGAGCCAGUACCCACGUCCCCAUGUGUGCCCGGGUGCAUCCCCUGCUCUUCUCCUGGUUCAGGGACCAUUGCUCUGUGCCUGCCCAGGUGUUGGGGUGCUCUCUCCACCUGCCCCUCUCCAGGGGUGCUGGCCCCUGGCUGGCAGCUGGGCUUGGGGCUGGGCCGGUGCUGGUUGUUAUCAGCUGACAUCACUUGCAACCAUUUUUGUAUAAAUUAAUAAAUGAA